AAGAGCAACAGAGGAGCGCUCAGGGCUUCAGCUAGCUUUAGUUUAGUCUGCUUUCAGUCCAGUUACUAUUUAAAACAGCCAGAGAGAGAAAGAAAGCAAAACAUACACAGGAGAUAAACAGCCACAGGCGCUGGACAAGAACACACACACACACACACACACACACAGUUUGAACACGCACUCAUGUUCAUCUCCUAAAGCUGUGACGCUUCAACAGGAGAGAUGUGAUCACUGAGAGUCACACACUUGAGACUUACCAAACGGACACACAACCACAUCUGCUCCGUCCUCAGGUGCUGUUCUGAACGACCGGAUUGCUGAACGACCCCUGUUAUCCGGAGGCCACGGACUGCACACAGGCAGGGGCGAACAUGGACUACCUGUGCGGGAUUGUACUGCUCCUGUUGGGGCUUCUUGGAGCCGGUGCUCAGCAGAGCAAGAACAACGUACCUCGACUGAAACUCUCGUAUAAAGAAAUGUUGGAAUCCAAUAAUUUGCUCACGUUCAACGGAUUGGCCAACAGCACCGCCUAUCACACCUUUUUAUUGGACGAAGAGAGGGGGCGGCUGUUCGUGGGGGCAAAAGACCACGUCCUGUCCUUCAACUUGAUUGACAUCAACAUGGACCAACAACUGGUGUCCUGGCCGCCUUCCCCUUCUCGACGAGAUGAAUGCCGAUGGGCUGGAAAAGACGUCCAGAAGGACUGUUCUAACUUCAUUAAGGUUCUGCAGCCGUUUAAUCAGACACACUUGUAUGCGUGCGGGACGGGUGCGUUCCAACCCAUCUGUGCUUAUGUGGAAGUGGGGAAACGACCGGAGGACAACAUCUUUCGGCUGGGGUCCUCACAUUUUGAGAAUGGCCGUGGUAAAAGCCCUUAUGAUGCCAAACUGCAGACAGCUUCCCUACUGAUCGAUGGGGAGCUGUACGCUGGGACAUCGGCUGACUUCAUGGGGCGGGACUUUGGCAUUUUCAGAACUUUAGGCAAGCACCAUCCAAUCAGAACAGAGCAGCAUGACUCCAGAUGGCUCAACGAUCCUAGAUUUGUAAGUGUGCACCUCAUCCCAGAGGGCAACAACCCAGAAGAUGACAAGAUCUAUUUGUUCUUCAGAGAGAACGCCAUCGAUGGGGAACAGAUCAGCAAAGCCACACAUGCCAGAAUCGGACAGCUGUGUAAGAACGACUUUGGAGGCCACAGGAGUUUGGUGAACAAAUGGACCACCUUCCUGAAAGCCCGUUUAAUCUGUUCUGUGCCAGGCCUGAACGGCAUCGACACACACUUCGAUGAACUGCAGGAUGUUUUUGUCAUGAGCUCCAAGGAUGCUAAGAACCCUAUUAUCUAUGCUGUAUUUACAACAUCCAGUAACAUCUUUAAGGGCUCAGCAGUGUGUAUGUAUAGUAUGGCAGAUAUCAGGAGGGUGUUUCUGGGCCCCUAUGCGCACAGAGAUGGGCCCAACUACCAGUGGGUACCGUUCUUGGGUAGAGUACCGUACCCAAGACCUGGCACGUGCCCAAGUAAAACAUUUGACGGUUUUGAAUCGACAAAGGACUUUCCUGAUGACGUCAUCAUGUUUGCCAGAAGCCAUCCGGCUAUGUACAACCCAGUCUUGCCCGUCAACAACCGUCCAAUCAUAAUCAAAACUGAUGUUGACUACCAGUUCACUCAAAUAGUGGUGGACAGAGUGGAGGCCGAGGACGGACAGUAUGAUGUCAUGUUUAUUGGCACUGACAUGGGCACUGUCCUAAAGGUGGUAUCAAUCCCCAGAGGAACAUGGCAUGAUCUUGAGGAAGUCCUACUGGAGGAGAUGACAGUGUUCAGAGAACCAACUGCUAUUACUGCCAUGGAACUCUCCACAAAGCAGCAACAGCUCUAUCUGGGAUCCGGCCUCGGGGUUUCUCAGAUGCCUCUGCACCGCUGUGACGUGUACGGGAAGGCUUGUGCAGAGUGCUGUCUGGCUCGUGAUCCGUACUGCGCCUGGGACGGCUCGCAAUGUUCCAGAUACUUCCCGACUGCUAAGAGGAGAACGAGGCGGCAGGAUAUCAGGAAUGGAGACCCUCUAACUCAAUGUUCAGAUCUUCAGCAUCACGAUGAUGCAGAUGGAGAUAGAGGUCUGCUGGAUAAGACAGUAUAUGGAGUUGAGAAUAGCAGCUCAUUUCUGGAGUGCAGUCCUAAAUCUCAGCGUGCCCUUAUUUACUGGCAGUUCCAGAGACAUGGAGAGGACCGCAAACUGGAGAUCACAUCCAAUGAGCGGGUGUUGGGCACGGAACAGGGUCUGUUGAUCCGAACUCUUCACCAGAAGGACUCAGGUGUGUAUUACUGCCACGCCGUCGAGCACGGAUUCAUCCAGACCCUUCUCCGCCUCACGCUCAACAUCAUUCCCACCGACUACCUGGAUGAUCUCCUGCACCGAGACGCACCCGACAGCAACGAGCCGACCGAUGGCAAGACGUGGUACCGCGACAUCAUGUCUCUCAUAAACCCACCCAGCCUCAACAGCGUCGACCAGCUCUGCGAACAGGUUUGGAAGCGAGAACGCAAACAGCGCAGGCAGAAAGCCAAUCUACUGCAUGCCAGCCAAUCACAUGCCACUAAGUGGAAGCUGCUGCAAGAGAACAAGAAAGGGCGCAACCGCAGGACCCACGAGAUGCAGCGGGCACCCCGAAGCGUGUGACCACCCUUGAGCCAAACCACAACAGAGGAGAGAGACUUCUGCUGUUCCACGGAGGGGAACGCUGAGACGGGAAGUGCGUCAUUACACGCUUCCGUCAGUGUCCAAGUGUGUGUGUGAGAGAGACAGUUUUACUUUCCAAACCUGAGCACACCUUCAUUAUCAUGAUGCAUUGCCACUUGAACUCUGAGAGGAUCGCAAGAUGCCAAGAGACCUGUAAAUAUGACAUAAACAUGUACUGUGAAAGACGUUUCAGUCUGAUUCAUUUGAUGAGGGACAAAAGUAAACGUGGACGAUACUGAAAGAACACUGUUCAGCUCAAGCACAAAUAACUAGUCAAUAAUAUUUUGUGAAUAGUGUGUUGAUCUUAACAUCUACUGUAUAUCUUUGUAUCUGCAUUGAGCGUUCGGCCCUUCUCAGUUUGUAUCCUUCAGUUAAGAUAUUCAAGUGCUUCUUUCUUUUUUCCCUCUUUCUGUCUUCCUCCUCGUGUUUUCUAUUUUCAUCCACCCCAAAAGCAACGCCUCAGCAGAUCCUUUAAAAGAUCUCUGCCGUUUCUCCGAAUAAGCUCUUCCAGAAUUUUUUUAUUUUUUAUUAAUAUUUAAUUUUGUACUGUGCCAGAAUAUAGACAUAGAUACAAUAGCUUUAUUUUAUUAUUAGUUGUCCUCAUUUGAAUCCACUGCAUCAUGAGGACUCUUCAUUAAUCUGUUCACUUUAUUUUGUGGGUCAACAAUAAUGCACAAGAUAUGCAACUAUUUUAGCUAUCUUAGCCAAUGCAAUUAAUGCUCAAUUUCAGAUACUGCAUAUACAUUUAUAUUAAAUAACAAUAAGACAAUAAUUAGGGCUAACUGGUUUUUUAAAGCUGUUACUAAUAAUGUAUUAAAUCUUGUACUAAAGACCGCUUGACCCCCAGUUCUUAAGUGGAAGUUGAACCUAUCCAUGUUAUUGGUUUGUUUUGCAUUUAUUAUGUGGCAUUUCAUAUUUAUUGAACUACAUUAAGAAUUUAGAAUUAUUGGUUUUACUAAAUUGCUAUUAAUGAAUAGCAACAAUCUUACAAUAAAGAUAAUUUGACUCUAAAGUGAAACAUUUACUUUACAUUUAUUACGUGAUUUCAGUAUUUACAGUAUUUUAAAAUGUUCGGAGAGUUUUUAUUGUUAUUGAAACAUACAAACCAAUAACUUGAACAGGUGCAAUGUUUACUUUAGACUUUGUCUUUAACAGAUGAUUUUAGUAUUUUAUUUAAUUUUUUUAGUAAAAGCAAUGAUAAUUUGCCUUAAAUACUGGCUCACAAUUUUUGGGAAACUUGAUGUAUGAUCUCUAAAAGUGAUCAUCAAUUACAUAAUUUCUGCACACACAAACACACACACGCACACAUGUACACACCACAUACAUGCUCACACACACACACACACACCACAUACAUGCUCACACACACACAAACAUACACCCACCACAUACAUGCUCACACACACACACACACCACAUACACAAACACACACACACCACAUACAUGCUCACACACACACAAACAUACACCCACCACAUACAUGCUCACACACACACACAAACCACAUAUAUGCUCACACACACACACAAACACACAACCACCACAUACAAGCUCACACACACACACACACACCACAUACAUGCUCACACACACACACACAAACCACAUAUAUGCUCACACACACAAACACACACCCACCACAUACAAGCUCACACACACACACAAACACACACACACACACACACACCACAUACAUGCUCACACACACAAACACACACACACCACAUACAAGCUCACACACAAACACACACACACCACAUACAUGCUCACACACACACACACAAACACCACAUACAUGCUCACACACACACACACACAAACACACACACACACACCACAUACGUGCUCACACACACACACACACACACAAACACACACACACACCACAUACAUGCUCACACACACACACAAACACACACCCACCACAUACAUGCUCUCACACACACACACACACACCACAUAUAUGCUCACACACACACACAAACACACAACCACCACAUACAAGCUCACACACACACACACACCACAUACAUGCUCACACACACACACACAAACCACAUAUAUGCUCACACACACAAACACACACCCACCACAUACAAGCUCACACACACACACACACACACAC